UUUCACGUGGGGCACGUGAUAGAAGGAGCUCUACGUCAUGCUUACAUGAGGCUUACGUAACCGCAGAGCCGGUCCAAAGCCGCCGCCAGCUGCAGCACCCGAUCCCAUCGCUUCCUCGCCCUCUACUUCUUGCCGAGGUUGGCUUCGCUUCUCUGAGCAGAGAAGAGAAGGCGUAGCCAUUUCGAAUGCAUGCACUUUAGAUCAUCAUGAGAUGGCUUCUAUAAAUUCCAGCCUCCUCCGCGUCAGAUCUCCAUCAUCACCAAUCAAACGAGCCAUCUUCUUCUUCGCUUGCUACCUCAUCAUCUUCGCCUUGUGGUCUUCCUCCUCGUUCGACGACCUCGAUUCCAAGGCCAAAUCCAGCAGCAGCCAGAAGAAGAUGGGAGACCACGAGACCCCGAGGAUUGAGAAGCCUCGGCAGGUGGUGAAGAAGGUCCUCGCCAGGUCGCAGCCGGAAGGAGUCGGGGCCACCGUCAGGAGAAGCAUCGGAAGGGCAGAACUCAGAAGCCUGGAUCCGUUCCUCAUGUUGGAUGAGUUCACAGUGUCUGCUCCUGCUGGAUUCCCAGAUCACCCUCACAGAGGUUUUGAGACGGUCACGUACAUGCUGGAGGGAGCCUUCACUCACCAAGAUUUCGCUGGCCACAAGGGCACCAUCAGAGCUGGAGAUCUACAGUGGAUGACUGCUGGCAGAGGGAUUGUUCACUCAGAGAUGCCGGCUGCAGAGGGAGAAAACAAAGGAUUGCAGCUUUGGAUCAAUCUCUCCUCCAAAGACAAGAUGAUGGAGCCGAGGUACCAGGAGCUCCAGAGCAAGGACAUAAGCAGGGUGGAGAAGGACGGCGUCGACGUCCGGAUCAUAGCCGGGGAGUCCUUCGGCGUCCGCUCGCCGGUCUACACCAGGACGCCCACCAUGUACCUCGACUUCACGCUGCAGCCCGGCGCCCGAGUCGACCAGCCCAUCCCCGACUCCUGGAACGCCUUCGCCUACAUCAUCGAGGGCGAGGGUCUAUUCGGCGGCCCGGAGGACGCGACCGCCGCGACGAGCCACCACGCGCUGGUGCUCGGCCCGGGCGACGGCCUCAUCGUCCGAAACCCGUCGGCGAGGCCCCUGAGGUUUGUCCUCCUAGGAGGGCAGCCGCUGGGGGAGCCGGUGGUGCAGCAUGGGCCAUUCGUCAUGAACACGCAGGCGGAGAUCCGGAGGGCCUUCGAGGACUACCAGCACAACAAGAACGGGUUUGAGAUGGCGCGGCAUUGGCGGUCUCAGCCAUGAAUGCAGUUCAUCGAGGUGGGAAGAGGCGAGAAUAAGGAUGCAGACAGAGUCAACGCCAUUCAUCAGAUUGUGCGUCGUGUCUUCUCGGAUCGAAGUCAUUGUUUACUUUUGAACAUGUACACGGUUUCAAUACAUCUAAUCAAAAUAUUGAUUAUUAU